ACACCACAAGAAAAGCUUUUUGUAUUUUUUCACUUUAAAGUUAACUCUCCAUAUAAAACUAAUAUUCCAAUUCCAAAAUCAUUGAGUGCAGCUCAGAUCCAAUCACAUCCCACCAAAAAUGUCCACCGUCAACAUUCUCACCGGCCUCCUCCUCCUCCUCCUCCUCACUCUCUGCUCCGCUCAGUCUCCUCCGGCGCCGGAACCAGUCGCCGCCGACGGACCUUCUUCACCGGCGAACUGUUUAGUCAGUAUGCUAAACGUAUCGGACUGUCUCUCUUAUGUUCAGGUGGGGAGUACUGAGACUAAGCCUGAAUCUGCUUGUUGCCCGGAGCUUGCUGGAAUGGCUGAAAGCUCGCCGGAAUGCGUCUGUAAUCUACUCGGUGGCGGUGCAUCGCCGCGUUUUGGAGUCAAGCUUGAUAAGCAGAGAGCUCAAGAACUUUCUUCAAUAUGCGGUGUGAAAGCUCCACCUCCUAGUUUGUGUUCAGUUAUGGGUUUUCCGACGAUCUCUCCAACCGGAAGUGAAGAUUCAUCAUCUGCAGUUUCAGGUUCUGAAGGAUCAGAAAAAGACAAGAAAAACGGAGGUAUCACCACAAAAGAUGCUGGAGUAGCUUUAAACUCCCUUAUAUUGGCCUUGUUCAUGAUUUGUUCUUUAUUCUGAGCAUUACAACAUAUAUUUAGAUCAUAACUUUACCAUCUUCUCGCUUACAUUGCAAUGAAAUCUUCAGUUCGAAGCCAAUCUCACACAACAUCGAGUACACAAUCGUUGUCAUGCAUCUUCUUGAAUUACUACUUC